UCUAUGUUAAUCCCAAAAGGAGUUAAGGUCUUCCUUAUGUUAUGCUUUUGGUGCAAAUCUACCUCAGAAUGUUAGCUUGUGUUCACAAGGUACAGUGAACUUUGGUUAACUAUACAAAGAAUUUUUCUUAAAAAUGAAUAAUGGUUAACAAACCAACUGAUGCCAAAUGGGUUCUUUUCAUACUACACCUUUCUAAUGAGCUGUUUAAAACUUCAGUGGAUUAGAAGAAUAGACAUGGUUACUAUAUUAUACCAUGAAAUGGUUAAAUAUUAUUGCCAGUGUGACAGAACCAUGGAGAUACCAUGCAGAUACUCACUACUGGUCAUCCAUGUGACUGCCUUUUAGCCCACCACUGUGGUACCCAAGGGAGAGUAAGAAAUGAAGAUAAUCUAACAGGUCUUGGCUUGUCUUUUGACAGAAAAAAUACCACAUGCAUUCUUGUGCCUUUUUAUCACAUGCAAGCUCUCAGACAAAAGUUAUUAGCGUUCCAACAAGCAAAAAUUGACCAGACCUUUUUAAAUGAAAGGAAUUUGUGCAUCAUGAAAUUGAUUUUUGAGCUUAUUUUGAUUUGGGGACUGAUGAAGACUUCAAGAUUCCAGUGUGUGCUAGAAAAGGAGUAUUUCUGCUCUUCAAUUCCAAACGAUUUUCCAGAAGGCCUGACGUCUGUUCUAUUUGUUGUAACAAAGAUUGGGGUUAUCAACUCAAGUGUCUUCAACAGCCCAAACUUGAAAUCUGUCACCAGUCUAGCUCUAGCAAACAGUGGCAUCACAAGAAUUGAACCUGGAGCCUUUUACGCUUUCCAUAGUCUCACCAAACUCAGUUUAUAUCAAAAUAAUCUGACUACAGUUCUGGCUUCUUGGCUUUCCAAACCAGGACACUUAGAAAACCUUACAGUGUCUCAGAACAUCAUUCAGGAAAUAGGCCCUCAUAUGUUGUCCAGUUUCUCUAACCUGACAACCCUUAAUUUAGCUAGCAACAGAAUUCAUAUGAUUGCGGGUGGAAGUUUGAAGAAUUUGUCUAAGCUAACUUUUAUUGAUCUAUCUGGUAAUAACUUAUCUGCCUUAACAAGACACGUGUUCAGUGGGCUGAUGUCUCCAGUAAUGAAACUGGGGGACAAUCCAUGGAACUGUUCCUGUGAACUUCAAGAUUUUGGAUUGUUUUUGCAAGAGCUGAUGAAUGCUUCUGUGUUGGAAGAUGCUUCAUCUGUGGUUUGUCAUAGCCCACAAGCCCUGAAGGGAAUUCCUGUUUGGAACAUCUCUGACUUUAGCUGCCCACCUAUUCUCAUAUCACCAUCACUUGAGAAUGACUUCUAUAAAGUUGGAUUGCCAGCAAUGCUUCUGUGUUUAGGCCACCUUAACAAGGUGACAGAGAGACUGAGGAGCAGAGGACUGUCAGAUGAAAAGUUACAGACAACAGUGAAAAGUGACAAAACCCAACAAAAUAGAAUGCAGAAAACUCGUGCAAAAUCUGCCUCACCAAUUCUGUUGAGAACUGAGUUUCAACACAGUAGUUCUCAACACCAUAGACCAGCAGAUGGGAACGAGGAGCAACCCAAAACCUCUUGCACAGUAAUAGAUGAAAAAGCCUGCAUGAAAAAUGAAGACUGCAACAAUGUUAUGGAACUGUGGUAUUUUAAUAGCUUGCAAGACUGCAAUAAAAAGGCUAUGCGUAGUCACAAUGCAAACACUUCACCAACUGAACUACGCGUAGAAACCCCGAAAAAGGAUAGUUCAGAACUAUUAAAGCAGUCAUUGCAGGACCAUGGAAUUUCACAAGUGCAUUGGAAAGAGGAAAUUAAAGGAAGGGUUAAUACGGAGAACGCUGAACCGCUGUUGUAUUUAAGUGUUGCUAGUACAACUGAAGAGUCACCCAGUAUACCUGGCACUGAACAAAAAGAUGCUGUGAGUAGAAAUGUAAAUAUGAGGCUGUGUUCUUUGAGAAGAGUUCUUACUUGGCCAUAUGAAAAAUGCAAAAGGGACGAAAGCCAAAAUUCAGAUGAUUUUUUCAAGGCACAUUUCUGUAUGCUCACUAGUGAUCCUGGUGUCCCAGCAGCAGUCGGGAAAACAGAAUUCAAAGAUGAACAAAAUCAGUAUAAUUUCCAUCUACAUACUGUAAAGGAACAAAAGGCAAUUCAUGAAUACAGCAGUGGUAAACCUAACUUAAAGAGAGAAGCAAAACAAGCAAACAAAUUAGUAUCUCCGCUUAAGAAAGGAGCUAAGCAAAUAGCCACAAUGGAAAAUGCAUGCAUCUCAGUGCCUGGAAAAGGAAUCAGAGGCUCUGAGACUGUAAAAAAGAAUAAGAAUAACAAAGAUAUACCUUUGCAGGCUGGAUUCUGCAGAGACAGUCUUCACUCGCCAGCAUCCUCAGACAAAUCUGUUCACACCUCCUCCCCAUGUGAUAAUACAUUACUUGAAAAUAAUGAAUACACCUUCAUUGAUCUUUUGCAUGAAGUCGUGGAAAAUCGUGGAAGGUGGACUAGGCAGAGGUGGAAGCAGACCCAUCAAGUGCGAAUUGCUAACCACCCCCCAGUGAAAUCAAAGAUGUACAAUUCAAUGCACAAUUACUGUGCUAAUGCUUGUAAUCUGGGUAUUUUGGCUCUUGCUAGUUUUCUUCUGCUGACUUUCCUGGAAGUAACCCUGUCUUGUCCUCCAAUCUGUAAAUACUGCUCCACAGGGCUAGCAGAAUGUGAGCAUGUCUCAUCGCUUCAGGAAGUCUUACCAGGUUUGCCAAACUCCACAGAGAAAAUACUAUUACGUCACGGAAACCUCAGCAAGAUACCGCCACUGGCUUUUCAGAACUUCCCCAGGCUUCAUUUACUCUCCAUAACUGGAUUUCUGUUCUCUUCACUUCCAAACCUGACCUUUGUUGCAAAGGAUGUCAGCAGUCUGAGGAGUUUGGAUCUCAGCAGUAACUGCCUGCUGAGCUGUGGGAUUGAGCCUUUGGCUUUCUCUGGCCUGGGAAUCCUCGAGGAGUUGAUUCUUACAAACAAUGCCUUGGAUAUGCUGAAAAGUUCUUGGUUCUUAGAGUUGACCCUGCUCACCAAACUCCUCCUCUCUGACAACAAAAUUACAUAUCUUCCUCCAAGGACUUUUGAGAGUUUGGCUAAGCUGAAUGAACUCAUUGUGUCUUCCAAUUUCAUUCAGUAUCUUUCAGUGGACACAUUUUAUGGGCUAGCAUCAUUGACCAAACUGGACUUAUCAAGCAAUGAAAUCCUGUUUAUUAAUAACGAUGUUUUCCAGCCUUUGCAGGCCCUGACGCAUCUGUGGUUGUUUAAGAAUAAGCUGACUGCACUGGCCAGCGUUCCAGAUUCUCUUACCUCCUUGUCUCUUAAUGAAAAUCCUUGGAUCUGCGACUGUCAUCUGGUGAGCUCAAUGGAGUUACUGAAGGACAAAGUUCAGACACCCAGUGGCCUGGUUUGCAAUAGUCCGCCGAGCCUGAGGGGACGCCAUAUGUUGAGUGUCGGGCCUGAAGUCUGUCCUUAUCCAACUCACGCAGGAAAUCUACCACAGGAAAGCACUUCAGAAUUGAACUCGCUGUAUGGCUUCACAGGAGGACUUUUCUUCAGUUUCAUCAUGUGCCUGAUUGUCUAUUUCAUCACAAAACACUGGAAAUAUAGCAGAGUUACUAAUCAGGCAGAGGAUGGACACAUCUUACAGAAGGACUCUGUGGAAGAGUUCCCAAGGAGCAUGACUGAUGCCCCUUCAGUAUCCCCACUUCCCCAUAACUGUGUGAUAAAAGCAAAUAGGACAAGGGGCUUUCAGGAGGAAAGUGAAGCAGACACAAUAGAAAAAGCACUGUGUGACCAUUUGAAGAACACGUCCCAAUCCAGCAGAGGACAUUCAGAAACAAGCUCCCCAGUGAAGAUGCCUGGAGUGACCCUGUUGCCGGCUCACAGUCCCACAGGUAAAAAGAUCAUGACGAUCUGUAAAGAUGGAAUGGAGAUUGAAAGAUUAACUGAACGUCCAGACCAAGCCACAAGCCCAGCACUCCAGCAAGUGGGCAACAAAAAUGUGGAGAGAGCAGCUGAUAUCCCCAGAUGUGUCAGUGCACCUGGCUUACUUCCUGAUGUGGAGAAACAACUUUCUACAAAAAAGGACCCUGGUUUGCAUUGCUCAUUGUUGAGCCAUGAAAAAACAAUCCCGAUGAGGGUGUGUAUGGAGAAUGGGGAACCUGCCUUGGUGAAAUAUUUGGAAACCCAGUGGGAAGCGCAGGCUUUGAGUCCCAUUACCUGGUUUUCUGGUUCUCAGUGUUCCCGGACUUUGGUAAAUGUAGUUUCUCCAGCAGGAAGUGCUACACAUAUACAAACAAGCAGAGACAGAAUUCACACCACCUCUAACAAGAGAAGUAAAUCCUGGAGCCCUUUUCACUUCAACAUCUCCAGUCAUUUAACAGAGGCUUAUGGAGAUAAUGUAUCUAGAACAAAUGCUGAGAAUGGAUUUAAGGCCAACUUGGUGCAUUCAAGAAGAGAUAAAGACUGCGAGACUUUAUGUCAAGAACAUUUUAUAAAGAGUGAGUCCACAGAUACUACUGAGGGCAGAUUCAAAGAUCAAGGAAUGAAAGAACCAGACUUGCAGAAAGACAUCUAUCUUAAGAACUGUUGCAUUGCACAAAGUGAAAGCAACAAUCAGAGAGAGACUACGAACACAAGGGAUGUCUACCUCACUCCAGAACCUGAAGCACCAGCCAACUCUCCACUUUCAGAUUUAGCCAGCCCUAGAGAACAUACUGAUGCCAGUAACCCAGAUAAUAAAGGCAUCAAGCCUGCAGCGGAGAGAAAAUUAGUUAGCCCCUUUCCUGGAAAAGAAGGUAUCCAUCCCCAGUCUUACUGUAAUAACGAUAGAUUGGGAGAAGAGAGGCCCAGCUGUAGAACACCCAGGAGUGAGAAACUCGACAAAGAAUCUUCCUUAAAGAAUAAUAACUUAACAAAAGAGAGAUUUUGGAAAUACCAUACAAAUUGCUGCAAUGAAUACCAGCCCUGCCCAAUUGCUCAGAAAGUGUUAAAGGAGCUGAAGACUGCACUUCUGACUUCAAGAGAGCAAUUAGAUCUGUCCACGCAGGCUCCCCCCUGUGACAUGGAUCUUCUGAAAGGUAAUGAUAGACUCACCAUUAACCUUUUAGUUAAACUUUCCCAGAGAAGGGAAAAGCAGAGGGCAAAGAAGCAGCCCUGGAAAUGA